GGAGGAGGAGGCAGCAGCAGCAGCAGCGGUGGCGCGGCCCACUUCAGGUCUCCAUGGCAACAGAGCGUGAACGUGUUCGGCUCGUGGAGCAGGCCGGAGUGUGUCGAGGAGCUGCACCAGCAGGCGCAGCUCAACCUCCAGAGCCUGCUGCAAGACUUUGAGGAGCAGUUGUACGACACCAAGCUGACCGGUCAGACUUUCCGGCAUCCGUCCUCGCAGAGCUCCGACGACACGUCCACCUCGCUCAGCCGGUCUCCAGUCUCCAUCAACAACAAGAGGCCGGACUUCAUCUUCCUGCCGGCGUCCAAACAGCUCUACGACGAUGAAACCACCUCCUCGGUGUUUGGACUAAGGUCCGUGACAAACCCCUCUCCCUCCCCGACACCGUCGCCCUGCGGCUCAGAACGCCCCCUGCUGGGUUGGAGCAGCAACAACAGCAGCAGCAGCACCGCCACCUUGGCUACCAUUGGACCGCCGGUCGCAGACAAACCGCGGUGGCAGCUCGGGAGGCGCACGCCGGGUCACUUCCUACCGCUCGACGUCACAGGUGAAGGGAGAGGAGGGAAAUUCCACGGUGUUGACCUCCUCCAGCACUCCCCGUCCCCAUCCCCCUCUCCGGGGGACCCCUUCCCCCACCAGCCCCGCUCUCUGGAGCCCGUCACGGACACCUUCCACCAGAACCUCCCCCUGAGGAAGACCCACUCUGACCUCGACACAACCUUACCUGCAGGAAACACACCAGACCAUCUUCACCAAGGAACUAUGGACACCUCUGGGGUGCUGUGCUCAAACACACCCUCCGCUUCCUGGAACGGACCUAAAGGAUCCACCUUUUCACCCGGAGCGUGGAACGAGCCGUACAAUUACAGCAUGAACAAAGGCCCCGCGGUCCCACCGAAACAGCACAGCAUCAUCGGAAACGCUGGAGGGGGAGGGAUGCAGGACGGGGUGAUGCUGGUGAGCUCAGGACAGUCGGGGGGCUCACAUUCCAGUUCGUUCACGUCUGUGACGAACCCUUCUGGGAGAGGAGGGAAUAACAUGCCAGGGAUUUCACUGGCAGCGGCGAUGAUGGGGAAGCGGAGCGAGACGGAAGGGGCUGCAGCUGACGGAGGGAGGGGAGGAGGAGGAGGAGGAGGAGGAGGAGGGGUUGCGGAGGCAGGGAGAGGGCGGGAGAGAUCGGCGCGUUCCAUAGCAGCGGCGAACGCCUUCAAGUUCCGGGAGCGUUCCCUUUCUACGCCCACAGAUUCUGGUUCCUUCUGCUUUACGGAAGGUGGUUUAGGCCAGCCAGAUGGGAACAUCUUGCCCACAGGGAACGGGAAUGCUAUGGUAUUAACAGACCACCAGCAACAGCAUCAUAACUUCCUGGGUAUGGGUGAGAACUACGCCCUCCUCUACCCUAGAGGGAGCUCCGAAGACAGUGCCAGUACCGCCGACACAAUCUCUGUCACAGCUUCAGACUACAGCGCAGAUGGACGCUUGCGCCUACGCUCCCGCUCCAUUUCGCUUAAGAAAUCCAAGCGCAAGCCUCCCCCACCCGUGAGGAGCGUCUCUCUCAUGAAGAACCUUGGAGAAGCCGAGGGGCGAAUCCACCAUGGAGGCGGUCUUUACCGGGAUGGCCGGCCAAAGAGCCUGCACAUCCCCAGGGACCACUUCCCAGACUUCCAGCCCGAUUUUCUCCUGCCCAACUCUUCCUGCUCCUCUAGACCCAGUGUUGUAGAGCGGGAGCUGGGCCACGGAGGCACUGAUGGACCUCCAAGCCUGGAGGUCCAGGCACCCGAGAGGGAGGGAGAGACCGAGCUGACCUUCCCCACUCACUGGCAGCUAGGAGAUUGGAAGAAUGACCCUUACAGGUCUUUAUCAGGCUCCAGCACAGCAACAGGUACAACAGUGAUUGAAUGUAUGAAAGUCAGAGGCAGCUCAGAGUCCCUGCUCGAUUCCCCCUCCACCUCCAGAGCAACCUCGCCCUCACAGCUCUCCAUGGAAACUGACAUCAAAGCCUCCUCGCCCUUCAAACCCCCGGGACUUAUGUCCCCGUCAAGUGGCUAUUCCAGUCAGUCAGAGACUCCAACCCCUACUGUUCCACUCAGUCACAUGGCAGGUCACGGCACAGUAGGGACAACAGGGACGUUGGGGUGUAAGUUGCGUCCAAAGAUCCCAGAAAGGAAAUCAUCGCUACCAUCGCCAAAGGACCCUUCUGCAAGGUCUAGAUUGUCCUUUGAGAUGCCAGGGAAUGCACACCUGGAGCUGUCAUCAAUCAAGCCAAAGCAAAAGGCCAGCAGGCGACAUUCCGACACCUCGACGGCGGCAAAGCCGGGAAAAAUCAGCCCAAGCUCCUCGCAGGCAUUGCCUGUGGUCACCCAGAAUGAGCUGAAGACCAUUCGGCUUCGUUCCAUCUCUCGUGGUGACUUGGAUGACUGUCCUGAUGGGGCUUCCGACACCAUUGAAGAAGAACAGCACGGGAGAGACCUAGGCGAGGACCCCAGCCCUCCACCCACCCUACCGAAACCCAAACCACCUGUCGCUGUCAAGCCGCCGUUGCCCAAGAGGCCCCUGAACUUACUCCUCAAAUCUCCUUCCCCCUCCUCCACUUCCCCCCUAGCCCUAGAAUCACCUCCUGGCUCACCCGUGGACCGCCCUGUUCCCCUAGGCAACAUCUACAAAGUCAUGAGAAAACCCAAACCCAAGAAACCUCCACCACAAGCAACAAGUCCUUCAGAUCUUCCAGAUUCAACCAACGUUCUACGAACUGCCUAUGAUCAUCCAUUCCUCCCCCACUCCCAGUCCCUCUUCGAUCUCCCUCCUCUUCCAGACCCCCAGCCUCUCCUUGAAGACCCAGCAAUGGAGCCUGAAUUUGAAGCAGACCCAGAGAUCCUUCUUGGUUCUGGAGACGGAGGAUCACUCCCCUCUCCCUGCAGCAACCAGGAGGCCCCGGAGCUCCAGGACAAAAGCAAGACCCUCCCCUCAAGGAUGACAAUCUCCUGUCUGGCAGAGCUGUCGGACAAAAAAAAACCCAAGGUUCCACCUCCAGUCCCCAAGAAGCCGAAUGUCCUGCUUCUUCCCUCAUCAGGCCACUCCUCCACCAAUGGCAGCACAGAACGUCAGACCCCACAGACCGACAGCCCCGUGGGUCUCCGGUCUCCUGUGGGAACAUUUCCACCAGAAGAGUUUCACGGUUCUCCUGGUGUUCCCGAUAUGCUAGAGCAAGAUGAGGACCACUUGGGAAUAGACGAGGAGAGUUCAAAAGAGUCGUCACUUCAUUCCUCCCUGCAUGAUUCCUCCCUCACAGAGCUGGAAGGGAAAAUGGCUGGCACUGGGAUUGGGGCAGACGACUUGGCAGUCAAUGAAAAGACGGUACUCCACAUCGCCGAGGAAACGGAUGACGACUUGUUGACCAGCACACCUUCAACACACACCACAGAAGACCUGUUCACUAUUAUCCACAGGUCCAAGCGAAAGGUUCUUGGUCGUAAGGAGCCGACGGACUCCUUCGGCAGCCGCCAGAGCCUCGUGUCCCCGGUGAAGCACAGCACCAGCGGUAGCGACCUCCGAAACAUGACCUUAGGCAGCCAGAGGUCGAGCUCCCGCAAUGAGAACUUCAUGGCCCUGCUUCAGAAGAAAGGCAGCAAGUCUUCCGGCGGAGGAGCCAGGGUCUCCGCUAUGGAGCUUCUCAAAAGCACAAACCCUUUGGCGCGACGGGUCACAGAGUUUUCAACCACCUCGUCGGCGAGCGGCGAGGAAGGAGACAUGGCGUCCGGGAACGGCAAACCCAACGAUCAAUGAACGGAAGUAUUGUUAACGGAAGUUAACCAAGUCCGUUUACUGUCGACAAAGCCACCAACAAAUUCUACAAUGUGCCACCCACUGCAGAUGGGGCCUUUUGAGUAAUAUGUCCAACCGGAUCGUUCCAACUACUGAUUGACCA